AUGGCAGAGCCCACUUCAAAUGAAGUUGAGCAUGGUCAGACAGCUAACAACAAUUACAAUAUGCCCAGUGGAAACAGGAUGUCUUAUGUGAGAAUCUCUUUGAGUACAGCUGAAGGGCAGGCCUCAAACCACAACACGCAAGACAAGUCAGAUGCCUCAACUGGGACGGAGGAGCUGGGCAGUCCACCACCAUCAGACAUCACAGAGGCCUCGGUAGGGCCUGAAGGGGAAGAAUUGAACCACAACAUGCAAGACAACCUGGAUUCUUCAACUGAAACCGGAGGCCAAGACUCAAACAUCGUAUGGGGGGACGACGCGGACGCGCCAACUGAGAGUGGAAAGACAGAUCUAGAUGUUGUGCUGCCACCUGGCAAACUAGAGUCCCCAAACACAAUACAAGAGCUAGACAAGGUUUCUGUGAUGGGAGCACCUACGCUCAGUCACUAA